AUGGCAUCCUCCUCACAUUUCUCUCUCUUCUCUCUUUUUGUCCUGUUCUCCAUUCUCAUAGCCAUCACCCAAGUCACCCAAGCAGCUCGCCAAGUCCCCAACACUGCCAAAGACGUGGACCUCAAGCAGUCCCAGUUCCUUGUCGACCAAGAUGGUAGCUUCCUAAUUCCUGGUGUCGGGCGAUUCUAUUUUCCACCCAACGGUGGGAGCCCAACAACCACUAUUCCCGGCAUUGGCUCAGGUGGAGUAAAUGGACUGAUUCCCGGUGGAGUAAAUGGACUGAUUCCAGGUGGAGUAAAUGGACUGAUUCCAGGCGGGGAUGACACUCCCUAA